ACCAAGCCGAGCACCCCCAGGAGAGGGAUGCUAGACGGCCACUGUCACCAGGCGCCUGACGAGGAGGAGAGGGCGGCUGAGACGCCCGGCCUGAGGCCAGACUGCAUCCAGGUCCCGGCCAUGCUGGCGGACACCCCUUGUCCACGUCCUGACCUGCCACGUCCCGCUGACUCCGUGCCCAGAAUGGCUGGGGCCGAGGUCCCGCAGCAGCCAGCCUCGGAGCAGCCCCAACCCACCUCCACAAGAGCCACCGCCACCACCCCCAAGGUCGCGGGCCCUGCCGGGGGGCACAGCGGCUCCGCGGAGGGCGACAUGGAGUGCUUGGUGUGCCGGGAGCCCUACAGCUGUACCCGGCCUGCCAAGCUGCUGGGCUGCCAGCACUCCUUCUGUGCCGUCUGCCUCAAGCUCCUGCUGUGCAUACAGGACAACACCUGGUCCGUCACCUGCCCACUGUGCCGCCAGGCCACCUCUGUCCCCGGCGGCCUCAUCUGCAGCCUGCGUGACCAUGAGGCCGUGGUGGGGUGGCUGGGCCGGCCAUGCCCGGAGGUGCGGCUCUGUCCUCAGGGACUGGCAGAUUCGGCCACCUCGGCGGCAGGGCACCCCGGCUUGGUGGGAGAGGAUGGGCAGGACGUGGCAGAAGCCAACCGCGUGGCGGCCCGGCACCUGGCCGUGCAAUUGCUCCUCCUGGUCUUGCUCGUCUUCCUCAUCCUGCCCUUCAUCCACCCGGGCAUCAUCCGGUGGACGCUCGCCUUUGUUAUCACCUUGGCCCUGCUAAUGUCCUCCCUCUUCUGCUGUCACCCUGGCAGCCAGGGCAGCUGCUGGCCCUCCCCCAGGACUCUUUUCUGCAGAGGACGGAAGCACAGCGAGAUCUCUUCCAUUGCCUGA